GUCUCCAAAAUGUAUACCAUAGUGCUUCUGUCCGCUUUAAUUGCUUAUUCACAUGGAUAUGGCCGACAUAUGCCAUCAUACAUUAAGCCAUGUUCUAAAGCCAAUAUAGCAACUUGUGCUUUAGAAAAUGCCAAAGCUGCAUACCCAACUAUCGUCAAAGGAGAUCCAGAAUAUGACGUGCCAAAUUUAAGUCCAUUUCAUUUACAAGACUUGGAAGUUGAUGCGGGAGAGAACAUGGUGUUAAAAUACAAAAAUCUCAUUGUCGAAGGCUUGGAACAUAUGACGUUUAAUAGAGUCGACUUUGAUUUGGAUAAUAAGAAAGCCGAUUUCGAAUUGCAUUGUGACGUAAUAUAUUUCCAGGGACAUUAUGAAGGAGGAGGCAAAGUAUACGUAUUAACCGUCGACGGCAAUGGAAAUUCUAAUACAACAUUUGUUGGAGGCACAUUUUUUUAUAUGUUUCACUGGGACGUGCUAAAUAUAAAUGGUGAAGAUCACAUGGUAGUGAAGGAUCCCAAGUUAACGAUGAGACUGCAAAGGGUUCAUUUCGAUUUUGAAAACAUGUCGGGAGUUGAUAACGAGGGAAAACCAUUGGACAUUAAUGCCAUAUUAAACGAACACUGGGAACUUAUUCUGGAAGAAGUCGGAGGCAAAAUAUCUAAUACGAUUGAAGGGGUUGUAACAGAAAUUUUAAGUGGUUAUUUUGAGCAUAUUCCUGUAAAGGAAAUGUUUGUAGAGUCGAAAUUCUACAAUCUGCAUUGUUGGAGUCAAUACUUCAAAAUGAAAACAUACUGUUUACUGUUUAGUGCCGUGUUUGUGACGGUUGCAUCCCUACAUCUCCCUAAUUACAUUAUACCAUGCAAAAAAUCCGAUCCUAAAUUCGACGAAUGUGUUAAAGAAAAAGCAACCCUUGCUCUGCCAAAAGUUGCUCAAGGCGAUAAGAAGUUUAAAUCUCCACUUCUUACUCCCCUUAUCUUACCGGCAAUUGAUGUAGAUGCAGGCCCAAAUUUAGAACUUAAAUUGAAGAAUAUUGCGGUGAAAGGUCUCGACAAAAUAGAAUUUAUUAACACCAAAGUUGACUUGAGUAAGAAAUCUGGCCAUUUUUAUCUUCGUAUAGACAAUGUCAAUUUUGCUGGCAAAUACGAAAUUAAUGGGCAAAUUCUAGUUCUUCCAAUAAAAGGCGAAGGUGACGCAAAUAUUACAUUUGUUGACGGCAAGUAUGACUACCGGUUUUCAUGGAGUCUUAUAAACAAAGAAGGUAAAGAUUAUGCCAAAAUAGACAACGCAAGUUUGGAUAUGAAAUUGAAGAAGGCAACAUUUUAUUUGGGUAACCUAUUUGGAGGAGAUAAAGCGCUUGGUGACAAUAUGAAUACUGUAUUAAAUGAUAACUGGGAAGACGUGCUGAAAGAAAUUGGAGUUGGAAUUUCGCACACUAUAGAAGUAGUAGUAACAGAUAUAUUUAAAAAAUAUUUUGAAUCUAUUCCUAUCGAUGAAAUAUUUAUAGAUUAAAAGUUAGUUUUGUAAAUAGUAGUAUUAGAUUUUUAAAUAUAAACGUUGAAAGCAAA